AUGAAAAUAUCUCCUGACCUUACUCUACAAGCCCUGAGGGAAAGACUUGUUGAGUUUCUUGGUGAAGAUGCUAUUGCAGAAAAAUUUUUAUUUCUGAAAUGCAUUGGAAAUAAUCUGGCUGUGGUAAAGGCAAAGCAGGAAUCUGAACUGAAACUUAAAUCAUUUGCUCCUCCACAUGCUCUUCAACCAGAAUUAUAUUUGCUUCCUAUAGUGGAUCAUUUAGGAAAUGUUUUUUCAGCUUCAACAACAGUUUCUUUAGAUGACCAGCAGAUCAAUAAUAAUGUUGCUGAAGAUGAUGGAAUAAUCCAGGAGCCAUUUAAUAUAGUUUUGCCAAAUGAAGAACCUGGAACAGAGUCCAGUCUUUUAGAAAGUAUUGUGAAAGAACUUCUUGACAAGAAUUGGGAAGAAGCAGAAUCAGCUGAGGAGAAAGAUAAUUCAAAAGAAAACAAGGCUGGAGAAAAUCAAAGUGAAAAUUCUGAAUUGCUCAGAUCUCUGGAAGAUUCAAAAAAUGAAAAUAAUAACAGUGAAAACAGUGCUUCUUGGAAAAAUGAAGAUGAUAGACUUUGUGUCAUUAGAAAAGAAGACAACCAGGUGUGA